GUAACUACGUACUAACUCGCGCAGCCUUUCCUCAAAAAGUUCUGCCACUUCUUCGUCUUCUUUCUUGUGUGUUGCUGGCUGGUCGCGCGUGAGCUAUUAACUACACUGCGCAACACUGCCCCCACGAUUUCCUGUGGUACUGCUCCGUUUGUACGGAUCCGCAGGCUCCCAGAAAACGUGCAGAAAUACGGACGAAAUGAACGCGGAGUACGGACAGGAGGCUCCGCACGCAUACGUAUUUAACGUUGAGCAUAAAUGAGCUCUUAGACUAAUUUGCUAUUUAAUGUAUUAAUUUUACGGACCAUGAGCAGCUCGGAGGAGGUGUCUUGGAUCUCCUGGUUCUGCGGUCUGAGGGGGAACGAGUUCUUCUGUGAGGUCGAUGAGGAUUACAUACAGGACAAGUUCAAUCUGACAGGUUUGAAUGAACAGGUCCCCCACUAUCGUCAGGCCCUGGACAUGAUCUUGGACCUUGAGCCAGAUGAGGAACUCGAAGACAACCCUAACCAGAGUGACUUGAUUGAGCAAGCUGCAGAGAUGCUCUAUGGUCUCAUUCACGCACGUUACAUCCUUACCAACAGAGGGAUAGCACAGAUGUUGGAAAAGUAUCAGCAAGGGGAUUUUGGUUAUUGCCCAAGAGUGUAUUGUGAGAAUCAGCCUAUGCUUCCUAUUGGUUUGUCCGACAUCCCAGGUGAAGCAAUGGUAAAGCUUUAUUGCCCCAAGUGCAUGGAUGUCUACACCCCUAAAUCCUCCCGACACCACCACACAGAUGGGGCCUAUUUUGGGACGGGAUUCCCACACAUGCUGUUCAUGGUGCACCCAGAGUACAGGCCGAAACGACCAGCCAACCAGUUUGUGCCAAGGCUGUAUGGUUUCAAGAUCCACCCAAUGGCCUAUCAGCUUCAGCUCCAGGCUGCUUCAAGCUUCAAGAGCCCAGUGAAGACGAUUCGCUAGAACUCCAGGGUAGUAACUUGAGCUGAUUGACUUUUUUUGUUUUAAUUUUCUUGGCUGAAGGAAUUAAUGUUUUCUGUAUAACGGCUCGUAUGAACUUGGUCAUCCUCAGUGUAGAUUGAUCCACACAGAAAAUUCUCCUGAUCAAGUAAGAGCUUUUCCCUGCCUCAGUAAAGCAAUAGUUUGUUUCCACUCUGUUAUGAGUCUUUCACUUAUUACUUACAGCUUUAACAUCAGUCUCCUGAUGUUUCACUUCACUACUGGUGUCAGAUUUAUCUAUUCUAUCCAUAGUAGAUUUGAGGCAGGAUUUUCCAACCUAGAUGGCUGAAAUUAAGUGAUCAGGUUUUAUAGGUGAUUGACUGCCACAGGAACAUCUGCUGUAUCAGUAAUAUCAUUUACAAGAAAUCAUAUUACCUUUACAUUUGCUGUAGAACAAAUGUUGGAAUGUGUAAUGAGGUUUUCUCUCAGGAUAAGAGCAUCCUUGGUUGAGUACAGCAGCAAUUGUACAUACAUGGGAUUAGGCUCUAUUUGAAAUAAGAAACCAUAUUAGAGGUUGAACAUGAAAGUUCGCUUGAAAAUGCAUUGUGUUCGUUAAAUGAGUGGUUGUAUUUAAUAUCAAUGGACCCUGAAUGCCAACAUUAUCCUGAUAAAUCUCAACUUGCAGCUAUACUGUGUUUACAUUACGAUCCAGAAAAGUUCUGUUUUAAACAUUAACUUACAGAGCAUUUGAAGGGCAUUAAAUAUUU